UUAAUUAGCAGAUGUUUUUCUAAUAUUUUAUUGGAACUAUCGCUGCGCAAGGCUGAUGAAGAUAUCGAAUAAAAGAAAACGCCAUGGCUGCAAUCAAGGCUGGUUUGUUCCCCCUUCCCAUAACUUCCUGUGCAACGUGGAUUGUAAGGUUGGGUAAGCUAAAGGGAAGGCAGGUGCAGAAACAGAAGAAAGACCGUCAUUUCACUGUUAUCUCUGGGCCUAGCAACAUUCGUCAGCUUAUGGAACCAAUUUGAGAUCAUCGAUGCUGUUGUAAAGCAGACGCGACGUGAGGGGAACUACGCAAGUCAUUUGGAAAUGAUGGCAGGGAGCUAAAAGUCGUCAGAAACCCAAGUGGAUAUGUCGCCGACUUCGUGAGAACAAGAAAACAAAAGAUGAGUUCCGGCAAUCAGAAUAACACGGCAGCCCAGCAGCAGCAGCUGAAGAACAAUAUCCGAGUCAACUUGGAUCGUUGCAGCAAUUUUAUGCGCCAAUUCCGCGAUCCCGAGAGCCGUGAGUUGACCAAACUGUCGGCCAACCAGUUCAUGGACGUUUGGAGCCACUACGACAAAGACGCUAAUGGCUACAUCGAAGGCACUGAGCUGGAUGGCUUCCUGGCUGAAUUCGUUUCCAGUGUCAACAUCCUGGAUGUCGGUCCCGAGGUCGUGUCGGAUGCGAUGUUGGCCGAAUUGAAGCAGUGUUUCAUGGAAGCUUAUGACGAUAAUCAAGACGGAAAAAUCGACAUUCGUGAGUUGGCCCAACUACUUCCCAUGGAGGAGAACUUUUUGCUACUUUUCCGCUUCGACAAUCCAUUGGACUCCAGCGUCGAAUUUAUGAAGAUCUGGCGAGAAUACGAUUCUGACGGCAGUGGAUUCAUCGAAGCUGACGAAUUGAAAAACUUCCUGCGCGACUUGUUAACUGAGGCUCAGCGUGAUAAAGAAGUCACCGAAGAUAAGUUGAUCGAGUACACGGAUACUAUGUUGCAAGUGUUUGAUUCCAAUCGGGAUGGAAAACUCCAGCUCUCCGAAAUGUCCAAGCUGCUUCCAGUCCGCGAGAAUUUCCUGUGCCGCCAAGUUUUUAAGGGCCCAACAGUGCUAUCAAAGGAUGAUAUUGAACGAGUUUUUGCUCUCUACGACAGAGACAAUAACGGAACGAUUGAAAACGAAGAACUACGUGGAUUCCUCAAAGAUCUAUUGGAACUAGUGAAAAAGGAUUAUGACGCCCAAGAUCUUCUGGACUUUGAAGAGACCAUUCUUCGUGGCUGCGAUUUUAACCGUGACGGGAAAAUCAGCAAGAAGGAGCUUACCAUGAUCUUGCUGGCCUUGUCCAAACACAGCCAAGAUGAUGAAACUAAAUCCAAGUAGAGACGAGAGAAAACGUGCACGACAAGUUCCGAACGACAUCCAAUAACGACGUUAAUGAAUAUGAAAAAGAAAAAAAGUCUCCCAUUCACAAUGUAUUGUCCCUCGUGAAUCAGUUCUGACGGAGCUGAGAAGAAAAAAAAAAUUAUAAAUUUUGGCGACCCACUGACCAGAAAAGUCAGUAAGAUGGUGUUUUCCGACUCUACACAUUAAUUUUGAUUGAGUAUUUAUUUGAAGGUAGUAGUACAUUGCAUCGCUUGUUGGUGAGCAGGUUGACGUUUGUUACUAGUCUGUUGGGAAUUUGUAAUUUUUACCCCUAUUUAUACCACGUUUGUUCUAAUUUUUUCUCAAUAAAUUGUCAUCUCUAACCAAA